CCCUCACCCCAUCCCGCCGGCCCCGACUGGGCUCCCGCACCCUCUGCGCCAAGGACCGCCCAGCGCGCAGAUUUGCGCCGACGGCCAAAAGGACGAAAAGAGAGAGGGGCGACCGCUGCUUUUUUUUUUUCUUUCUUUCUUUCUUUCUUUCUCUCUUUCUCUCUUUCCCCCACCCCCUUCCUCUCCCCUCCUCCGCGAGAGCCACGCCGCCGGCCGAGCGAUGCGGGGCCGCGCGGGGACCCGGAGAGGAGUUGUGACUCCAGCGAGGAGCGGGGCUCGGUGAGGCCGCACCGCCCGGAGCGGGCCCGGGGGAGAGAGGGGGAGCGCCCGGCUGCAGCCUAGUUGGAGACGCUCUCCGCUUCGAUCGCUACAAACAUUUCUCCAAAAAAAAAAAAAGCCACCGACAAGCUUCACCCCCCGCUUCCUCCCUCCCUACAGCCGCCUCUCCGGGGCUGCUGGCUGGAGCGUCCGUGACGGACCGGACGAUGUGGGCAGGUUAGGAUCCAAAAAAGCUCCUGUAUUUAUUUUGCAUUUUAAGGGGUUUCCCUUUUUGAUUUCGCUUUGGGGAGCGGGGGGGGGGGAGAGAGAAAAAAGGAAAACACGCGUGCACACACUCACACAUACACAGACACUCACGCACACACACACACACACACACACACACACACGCACACUCGACAAAAGCAGCUGCACUUUGACUCCUGACGGCGCUACCUCAGACCCGAGAGAACCCAUCGCGGGGUAGAUCGAUCUUCUUUCUCCUCCUUAGCCAUUUCCCGCCGCGCUCAGUGACCUUGGUUCUUCCUCCGGCUCCUCGUCGUUUUUCGGGGAGGGGGGGGGUGUCGCUCUCCCCGCCGGGAUUCCACCUCCUCCCGAAGGGCUGCGUCUGUCCGAACCGGGAGCCAGAGUAGCGAACAGCUCCGGUUCCUCUUCCAGCGCAACGUUUUUGUUGGGUUUUUUUUCCCCCCUCCCUCUUCUCUUCGUCGUCGUUGUUUGUUUUGCUUUUUCUCUUUUUCGGGCCACGCGACCAGUCCUUCUGCUUUUUUCUUCUUCUUCUUCUUCUUUUGCUCCUGGUGCCCGCCCGCUGGGGAUAUUCCCCCUCUUCCCCAACCCCCGAUCUCCCCCUACCCCCUUUCCCUCCUCAAGCCCCCGACGAAACCAAAGACAAUGGUGCACUGUGCCGGCUGCAAAAGGCCCAUCCUGGACCGCUUUCUGUUGAACGUGUUGGACAGGGCCUGGCACGUGAAAUGCGUCCAGUGCUGUGAAUGUAAAUGCAACCUGACCGAGAAGUGCUUCUCCCGGGAGGGCAAGCUCUACUGCAAGAACGACUUCUUUCGGUGUUUUGGUACCAAAUGUGCGGGAUGCGCUCAGGGCAUCUCCCCCAGCGACCUGGUGCGGAGGGCGCGGAGCAAAGUUUUCCACCUGAACUGCUUCACCUGCAUGAUGUGCAACAAACAGCUCUCCACCGGGGAGGAACUCUACAUCAUCGACGAAAACAAAUUCGUCUGCAAAGAGGAUUACCUAAGUAACAGCAGCGCCGCCAAAGAGAACAGCCUCCACUCGGCCACCACGGGCAGUGACCCCAGUUUGUCUCCGGAUUCUCAAGAUCCCUCCCAAGACGAUGCCAAGGACUCCGAGAGUGCCAACGUAUCGGACAAGGAGGCGGGCAGCAACGAGAACGACGACCAGAACCUGGGAGCCAAGCGGCGCGGCCCAAGGACCACCAUCAAGGCCAAGCAGCUGGAGACCCUCAAGGCCGCCUUCGCCGCCACCCCCAAACCCACGCGGCACAUCCGCGAGCAGCUGGCACAGGAGACCGGGCUCAACAUGCGGGUCAUCCAGGUUUGGUUCCAGAACCGUCGCUCCAAGGAGAGGCGGAUGAAGCAGCUGAGCGCCCUGGGAGCCCGGCGCCACGCUUUCUUCCGCAGCCCUCGCAGGAUGCGGCCGCUCGUGGAUCGGCUGGAGCCGGGAGAGCUCAUUCCCAACGGACCCUUCUCCUUCUACGGAGACUACCAGAGCGAAUACUACGGGCCCGGGGGCAACUACGACUUCUUCCCGCAAGGCCCCCCGUCCUCGCAGGCUCAGACCCCCGUGGACCUCCCCUUCGUGCCGUCCUCGGGCCCCUCGGGGACCCCCUUGGGCGGGCUGGAGCACCCCCUCCCCGGUCACCACCCGUCCAGCGAGGCCCAGCGCUUCACCGACAUCCUGGCCCACCCGCCGGGGGACUCGCCCAGCCCGGAGCCCAGCUUGCCCGGCUCGCUGCACUCCAUGUCGGCCGAGGUCUUCGGCCCCAGCCCGCCCUUCUCCUCGCUGUCCGUCAACGGCGGGGGCAGCUACGGCAACCACCUCUCCCACCCCCCCGAAAUGAACGAGGCGGCCGUCUGGUAGCCCCUGGCCAGCCGCCCCCAGGACCGGCCGAUCCGCCGUUGUACAGAGACGAAUCGUUGUUGAGAUUUGUGGUUGAGAGUCCCCCCCGCCCCCCACCCUCUCCCCCCUCCCCGACCCGAG